GGGAAACUACCGUUCCCAGAGUGCCCCGCGGCGCGGCGCCGCCAUUUGGCGGCCGUUAGUGAGUUAGGCGCUAGCUGAGGGACUCCAUGUCCCAGGCUGCUCGGCGGCACGGCAGCGGCGGGGAGCAGCCGCCAUCUUGGCAGUCCGGUCUCCCGCCGGAUUGAAUGAGCCCGCGGAGCCCGCCCGCGCCGCAGCCUUCACUUCAGUGAGGGAGCUCGAGGCAGGCAGCCGGCCCUCGUCCCAUUAUGGCCACGCCGCUGUCCAGCCGCAGUUCGGCCUCGGGCCUCGGGCCCGGGACACCUCUGUCGCCCGCGCGCAUCUCCCGGCUGCAGGAGAAAGAGGAGCUGCGCGAGCUCAACGACCGCCUGGCGCAUUACAUAGACCGCGUGCGCGCGCUGGAACUCGAGAACGACCGGCUACUGCUGCAGGUGUCCGAGAAGGAGGAGGUCACCACGCGAGAGGUAAGCGGAAUCAAGGUCCUUUAUGAGUCCGAGUUGGCUGAUGCCCGAAGAGUUUUGGAUGAAACUGCCAGGGAAAGAGCCAAGCUUCAGAUUGAAAUAGGAAAAUUAAGAGCAGAACUUGAUGAGGUCAAUAAAAACUGUAAGAAGAAGGAUGGAGAUCUGACUGUUGCCCAGGGCCGUGUGAAGGACCUUGAGUCCUUGUUUCAUCGGAGUGAGGCUGAGCUUUCUGCUGCCCUGAGUGACAAACGGAAUCUGGAAAGUGAUGUUGCCGAGCUCCGGGCCCAGCUUGCUAAGGCAGAAGAUGGUCAUGCUGUGGCAAAAAAGCAGUUGGAGAAGGAGACGCUGAUGCGGGUGGACUUGGAGAAUCGCUAUCAGAGCUUGCAGGAAGAGCUAGACUUCCGGAAGAACAUAUUUGAAGAGGAGGUACGAGAGACUCGGAAAAGCCACGAACGCCGUUUGGUAGAGGUUGAUAGCAGCCGUCAGCAGGAAUAUGAAUUCAAGAUGGCACAGGCCUUAGAGGACCUUCGUAAUCAGCAUGAUGAGCAAGUGAGGCUCUACAAGUUGGAGCUGGAACAGACCUACCAGGCCAAGCUGGAGAACGCCAAACUGUGCUCUGACCAAAAUGACAAAGCAGCUAGCGCAGCUCGGGAGGAGCUAAAGGAAGCCCGCAUGAGAGUGGAGUCCCUCAGCUACCAACUCUCCAGCCUCCAGAAACAGGCCAGUGCAGCAGAAGAUCGAAUCCGUGAGCUGGAGGAGAUUUUGAGUGGGGAGCGGGAGAAGUUCCGAAAGAUGCUGGAUGCCAAGGAGCGGGAAAUGACAGAGAUGAGGGACCAGAUGCAGCAGCAGCUGACUGAGUAUCAGGAACUGCUUGAUGUGAAGCUUGCCUUGGACAUGGAAAUCAAUGCCUAUCGAAAACUCUUGGAAGGGGAGGAGGAGAGGUUAAAACUGUCUCCUAGCCCAUCCUCCCGAGUCACAGUGUCUAGAGCCACCUCAAGCAGCAGUAGCAGCAGCACAUCUGCAAUCCGUUCUUCUCGAAGCAAGAGGAAGCGAGUAGAGCUGGAGGAGCAUUCAGGCAGUGGCACCAGUGGCAUCGGCACUGGCAGUAGUGCCAGCAGUGCCAGCAGUAGCAGUUUUCAGCUGUCACAGCAAGCCUCUACCACAGGGAGCAUCAGCAUAGAGGAGAUUGAUCUGGAGGGAAAAUUUGUGCAACUCAAGAACAGCUCUGAUAAAGAUCAGUCUCUGGGUAAUUGGAGGCUAAAGAGACAGAUUGGAGAAGGUGAAGAAAUUGCUUAUAAAUUUACUCCCAAGUAUGUUCUUCGGGCUGGGCAAACUGUAACGAUCUGGGCAGCAGAUGCUGGUGUGACUCAUAGCCCACCAUCUGUUCUUGUAUGGAAGAACCAGAGCAGCUGGGGCACUGGUGGAAAUUUUCGGACGUACCUGGUCAACGCAGAUGGAGAGGAAGUGGCUGUGAGAACAGUGACUCAGUCACUAGUUGUGCAAGAGAAUGGGGAAGAAGAGGAGGAGGAAGAAGCAGACUUUGGUGAAGAAGAUCUUUUCCACCAACAGGGAGACCCCCGGACGACCUCCAGAGGCUGUUCAGUGAUGUGAGUGUCUACCACUCACUUUCCUUACCCAGCUCCUGCCUUUCCUCAGAGCCGCUGAAAACUAUUUUUGUAUCAUUGGAUUUCUUUAUUCCUUGUUACAUUUCUAGAGAUUUUUUAACCAAACUGCCAGAAUUUUUGAAUGGAUUUCUCCUCUCCUCUCUUCCUCCUUGGGUUGGGUGUCUCUCUCCCCUCCCCCCUGAACUUUAGGACUCCCUUCAACACUACUGUCCAAUUACUGCAUUUCCCCCAUUUUAGCAUUGAGUGAAUUAGAAAUUUUCAGAUCAGUAAAUCUUACCAAAAUUUCUGAAAGUAGGCUUUUUUGGGGGGAAUUAGGGGUGGAGGGUAUAGAUUAUAAACUUGAGUUACUGUUCCAGAAAUUAUUCCCUGAUGAUGGCUGGAUUCCCUGGGAAGGAAUCAUGAAGUGAGAAAUUACUUCCACCCCUACACACAUACCCCAGGAUCCUUCCCAGAAUAGCCACUAGUUGUGAAGAGGGCACAGGAUAAUAUUUUUUAGUGUUUUCUAUCAAAUCUAAAGUUGAGGUUGCCAUGUUGCCUUGGUGGUUGGGGCCUGCAGAUGCAGGCUUUUGCAACAUGACCCAUUGUGUACAAAAUUAGGAGAAUAGAAUAUUGAAACAAAUUUGUCUUUCUUUUCUUUUUUUUUUUUUUUUUUAAAUUUCCUUGAGGGGAAUUAGGAUGGAUCACCUGAUGGGGAUUUGAUGUGUGAUCUGCCCUGCAUAAAAUGUUUAUAAUAACUUCUGCCAAGUGCGGUUUAGUCUCAGGCUUCCUCUAUCAUGUUUCAGUGAAUAUCAGAAACUGACAUUUGCAUCUAUCUAAGCAACACAAAGCAUUGUGACUCCCUGAUAACAAAUUCAGUUUUUUUUUUUUUUUUUGGUUUUGUUUUGUUUUUUAAACUCUUCAGGGCAUUUGGAUUCUUUUCACAGGCCAGCCUGGCACUAGUCUUUUGUAAAUUUUGCUCUUGAACUACUCAUGAACUCUGUUGGUAUGGCCUGAAGUUCUUGAGAGGAUGUUGUGGUUCUUGGAUGUUCCCUGAUUGCUUGCUACUGCUAGUCCUUGCAGGUCUGGCUAAUGGCAUUUACCUUUGUGACUUAGCCUGUAGUGCAACAGGGCUGAAAAUUAAGAUUUCAAAAAACUUGGUUCUUAACCACUCAGCAAGGUUAUUAUGUCUCCACAACCUCAAAUAACUUUAGUGUCAAGGAGCAAGUCAUUGUGGGCUGAUUAGAUCAGGUUUACAAAUACUCUUUGCUACAAGAUAAAAAGCUAGCCAAAUGUAGUGUCUGGGGUGGAAAGUAUCAAAAGCCAUUCAGUUGAUUGGACUAAUUAGCACUUAGAUUAAAAGAAGAAAAAUAUUGAUGGUGCAGAUGAGUCUUAACAAAUGUCUUCCUCUGAAGGGGGCUGUUAACGUGGAGUCUGAGCUGCUCCCUUUAUGUAUAAUGCAGCCUAUUUCACUCCUGAUGGCAGUAUCAGGGUGUGGGCAUUUUUAGAGUAAUAGGUGGCUACUUUGGAUAAUGUUGACUUUUUCCCUUGAAUUUGACUGACUUUUCUGUUACUCCUGCUCUUUGUAUGGGGGGGGAUAACAAAAUAUGUAGUAAAAUCAUACCUAUCUUUGUCAAAUAUAUAUGCACCUAUCUAUAUCUAUCUAUAUAUACAUAUAUCUUCUUGCUGAAAUUAUGUUUCUCAGACAAAACAUGCAAAUGCAAAUUAACCUUUCCUAGACUGAUAAUUUAAAAAUCAUGCAGUCCACCUUCCAGCUGCCGAGGCCCAAGUCUCUCCUGCUAACUUGCUGUGUUUACAUGCCCUCCUACCUGUAUACAUAGAAGUUAUUUUUUUUAAAUGGAUAUUUAUUUUUUUAUGUUGGCCAGUAUGCAGAUAGCUUCAUCUGGCCUGGGGAGCUCUUAUACUAGUGGCUGGAACCUUGUUACAGGCUGGAUCAACACUGGGAUGGUGCUCAGCUCCAUGUCCCCGCCUGGGCUCAUUUUGCUCUCUCUGUUUACUUGGUAUUUUCUCCCUCUACAUUGAGCAGUCAUAGCUCCCUCAGUUGUUAUUGUUUGUUUGUUUUUUUUUUUUAAGGUGAAUUCCCUUGUGUACAAGUAGCUUGAAUUAGAUUUCAAAUUAUCUGAGCCAUUGACUGUUUUCUGCCUGACUGAGUGAAACAGGUUCCUUUCCCAAACUCUAGAAAAUAGGUUGCUUCCUAUAGAGCUAGGUGGGUGGAUUAAACUAGAGUUUAUGCAAAUCCCAUGUUUCACUCCUAAGUGUAGAAAUAGUCAUUGUUUUCCCUCUACUACUGUGUGUACCACAUGUGACUUGCUUUCUUUAGGGAAUUGUGUGUCAGGAACUGAAGUGUCUAUCAGUUUGGCUUUGAUUAAGCUUUCCUCUUGGAGCCUCUGGGUAUGUCCUACCUUUCUGAAGAAACAUUCCCAAAAGCAGGGUCCAAGAAGGUUAUAUCAUGACAACUUUACGUCUUAUCUACCAAAAAACAAUGUUGCUCAAAGACUAGACUGUCCUCUCUCCAGAGUCAAGGCAGCCUUUGUUGUCAUGUUCUUAAAGAGAUCACUGCUACCCAAACACUUUUAAAAGGCAAUUCCUGAUUUUUAAGUAGAGACACAUAUAAACUACUGUAUUCCUUCCACUAGCUGUUCAAAACUAAAUGACCAGAGACGUUUGUCUUUUACCUUUCUAAAUCAUGUGGAAUUUGCUGGGGAACAUGCCGGCCGUAUCAGUUAUAACCAGGCUUGGGCAACAUUAAAUUUAAUUAGGUUAAGGAGAUUUUAAAGUGAGGGAGGAGUUGGAAGGAUUUAGGCUCGCCUGGUUUGUCGUCGUUCUCAGUAAGCUCUUGAAAUUUUGAGCUGAGGGGUUUGGUCCUCUCCAUUGAUCUCCUUUUGAAUGACAGAGUGUCUUUGGAAUUAAUUGUCCAGCUGUCUGAUUGCAGGUAUGAUUUUGUUUUACACCUGAAGAGGUGAAAAGAGGCAGUAAUGGCCAAAUUUCAGUUAAACCCAGGGAAGCAGCCAUUGGCCAUUCCAAUCAUUUAACAAAAUAUGCCUUGUAGACAGAAUGAGAUGGUAGAAGGUGGCUGUAUGUGCUAAUAUGCUUGCCAUGUAGAAGCUUUAGGGAGGGAUUCCAGAAAUAGCUGAGCUGUGCAGCAAACCCCUUCUUUCCUUGUAGUCUCAUCUUCUCCCAAAGCAAAUGGAGGAAAAAUACCUCCAGGGAAUCAGCUAUUUGUUUUUCUGGAGGGAGCCCACUUGAUGGGUUUCACAUAAAGUAGGCAGCUAGUCACCUGCAUGCAGCAAAUAAUGAGGUGCCAGAGCAUCUCUGGUCAUUAUCACAAUGUGAAUAAUAUUAACUGUGAAGGGGCAUUCCCUCUGUACUUAGCCUUCUGACCCAGGGUUUUAAGAAGGCCCAAUUAUCCCAAUCAAACAGGAAAGGAGCGGCAUUCAUUCCUAUUUGGAUUAAACCAUAAAAGUAUCAAGUGGAAGCUGAGGAACUGGAGAUAGUUUCUUGGUGACUCUUGUUCCAUGUGUUGGGAAAAAGUGAUUAAACAAUUUCUUAUUCAAUUUCUUUGCUGCCCAGGAAAGAACUUUUUUCAAUCAAGGUGUCCUUGGAGACUAGGGCAGGUCCAGGAGCUAAGUUUGCUCCACAGUCUUGAGCCCUUUUCCUAGUUCUCUGUUGUCUUUUUAGAACUGGUUUUAGGCUUAUGUUGGGAGGCUCUUGGCUGGAAGGUUUACUGUUUGGUGGCUGCAUGUUAGCCCAUAAUGGAAAAUGGAAAUAGAGUAUUUGGAAACAUUGAGCAGCAUGAACCUUUUUAAUGCUGAACAUGGCCUGGGAAACAGAAUUUUUACUUGCCCUCAAAUAUGCUUAGCUUUAUACCACUUUAAAAUAACUCAGAGGUGAUUUUUUUUUCUUGUUUUGUAUAAGCCCACAUUUACAUACAAUUAUUCUUUGUAAACAUAAUGCCUUUUUUCUUGAAAUGCUAAGGUCUAGAUGAAAAAAAUGGUUAGGUGAGAGUAGCAGUGAUGACCCUAGAAAAGCAUGUGUUGAAGCCUGACUUGAUCCUUUGAGUAAAAUAAAUCCUAGAACUGGGAAAGGGUAGGGUGGGGUGGGGAGGGGGGAUUACUUUUGUGAAAGGUAUUAGUGCAACUCAAAAGAUCAUGAAAACUUGAUUCUUUAGUGAUUGGGCAGGACCAACAUUCCUCCCCAGGUUAUCCUACUAAAGUUGUAAGCAAUAAACUGUUAAAAGAAGAGCAAGGCCCAAAAGCCUGCAAAUGACUGAGAUCACUUUCCACAUCAUACUAUUUUCAUAAAGAUAAUGACUUUUGACUUGAAUGGUAGUUUUAACCAUACAACUUUUAGAUAGCUUUGUUCUAUUUAUAUAGUGACCAUUGAUCAUUAUGGAUGUAUUCUUUAUGAACACUGCUGUAAAAAGAAAAAAAAAAAAGGUUUUAAUGACUUACUGAGUUGAAUAGUUAUCAUGGCAAAACCCACAAACUUCAAUAGAGAUAAUGGAUCAUCAUGCAGAGCAUCUGAGAACUAUGUGAUAAUCUAGACUUUAUCAUUUCAAAAAUGUUUUUUUUUUUAAAGAAUAUACAUGCAUGCCAAAUGUCUUUUUCAAUGAUUUGUAAUAUACGUUUUAUGACUGGAACCUUUUUUGUACAAGACACUUCAAUAAAUGUUUUGACUUAA